GUAGGUGGCGGAGGCUCGGAGGCUCGGCGGUUCGGCGGCGGCCGUCUCGUAGGUUACGCACACAAUCACUCCCUAGGGACAACCCGGAGCCCGCCCAAGCGGCUGCGCCCUCACUAGAUCGGGGCACCCGGGAGGAAGCCGGCGCCGCGAUGGUGCGGGUCGGCGGCUGGAGGUGCAGCUGACCCGGGGCCCAAGGGGCUGAGAAGAGCCUGACCUGCUCCCAGCCAGGCACCAAGCGCUGCCCCGCGCGUCGGUCUCCGGCUUCCCGCCCGCGGACUUCCAGCCUUCAGGGUCACGCCACUCGCUGGAAGCCCUGAACUCUGCCCCCCAAGCCCCGGUCCCCCUGCGGGAAUGUUCAAAAAUGAGUACCAGGGAGGUGCAUUUGUGGAAAUCUUUAGUGCUCAGGGAAAAAAUCCUGGUGCAAAAUGGAAGAUCCUUGGUAGUCCAUCUGUGAUUUGGAAAGAGUUUGAUAAAGAAGUUAAAAGUUUUGUGUUUGUCCUGGAAGGCAGCAGCCAAACAAAUAAAAUUCAGUUACCAAAGGAGAAUAAGCAAAUCCUUGGACUGAUCCAGAGGUUUCUUGUACUUCAGAUUUACAUACCCCUGGGACAAGACUUCUCCACUGAAUUGCUAAUUACUGAUUUAGGGAACAUCAAAAGAAGAUUGUAUUUAUCAACGGUCCAUAAGGAACUAUCCUCAACCCCCCUUCAUGCAAAAAUCCCACUCUUCAUGAUCAAGCGCAAAAUUUGGUGCAAUCUGUGCAUUGACUUGGUAGCAUUCACCAGUGAAAUAUUCAAGGGAGCAGUUUUCCAGUCAUUGGAUGGAAUUAUUGUCUCAGCUAACUGUAAGCUACGGAAAAUCUUCACCUUAAAAUCAAAGCCUCAAGACACUGCUGAUAAAGAUGCUAUGUAUGGCGUUCCCUUUCAAACAGAUGAACCCACAGACAUCAUUCCACGAAGCUGCCAACUAACAACAGACGUUCCGCACAUCACACAGCUGCUGAACAUGACUAAACUCCGCCAGACUGAAAUCAAAUUUGGAGGGCAUCCUCUAAGAUCAGCAGAAUCAGAUCAGUUCAUCAACAGAGGGACAGGCAGUGUGCGGAGCAGUAAGAGUCAAGAUGUUUGUCACAUCGCCUUUGGAUCCAGAGUUCUUGGACCACCUCCACUCUCUGGCAGAAGGAAUAACAUGAGGCUCUCCACAGAGUCAGUAAGAUCUGUUGGGUCCAAAAAUAGCCGAUCCUGCCAGCAGCCCACCACAGAGAAGUGUGUUAAGAGUGCAGAAAUGUCAACCUUGCUGAUAUCUGAGUCUGAGGAGCAAGGAGAUAAAGAAAAUAUUCACCAAAUAAAGCAGACUGUACCUAUUCAUGCCAACCUACCUAUUAUGCAUCCACAUCCCCCUCAAGAACCAUCAGCAGAUAAGAAUAAUAACAGAAGAAGAUUUCGGUUAAAAAGCACCAGCAGAGACAGGACAGAGACGCCCAGCGGCAGUUCAGGAAAUAACAGGAAUGAAGAGGAAAGAACAACCGUCCAUACCAUUGGGACCCAGCAAAAAGCAGAGGUGUUGAACCCCAGCAGCCCAGGACCCCCGCCUCCUGAACAAGCAGAUGAAUGGAUAUUUCCUGAAAAUGAUGAUCACAUUCCCCAUUUGGAAUCUGGCAGACAGUCUCUCCUUCUGGAUGACUCUAUCACUUCACACCUGUGCCUCGAAGCCAGCAAGGACAGUGAACGUGACCAACAAGCAGAGGAGACCCAGAGCUUUCCAAAGAACAUUUUCACUUUUUCAUCUAGACCACGAUCAGCACCUCAUGGGAAGACACAGAAUCUGUCCCCAGAGGAAUGCCCGUUUAUUUGGGAUCUAAAAGAAGAUAACAGUAUGACAAGAGGAGACGCCCAACUGGAGGAUGACUUCUAUGGUGGUGACAGCAGCCAAGAGGAAUACAACUGGAGAAACUACCAGCCCAGCCAGAUGAGUGAAUCUGAGUUGCAGAUGCUGGCAAGCUUACGGCGGCAACAGAACGAAGACCUGGAGGACGCAGGGGCUCCCCACGGCCUGAGCGCUUCCCAGGUUGACAACUGUAAUGUCAGCAUAAGUACCAGCAGCGAUGACACCACCACCUGGAACUCCUGCCUGCCCCCUCCUGUCAACCAGGGUCGUCACUACCAGAAAGAAAUGUAUCCACCUUCUCCUUCCAACCCUCGGGACUGGUUAAACAUGUUGAGCCCGCCGAUUGUCCUUCCCAGUCAACAGCUGACUGAGCAGAAUCCAGAUUCCUCUGGAAGUUUAAGCGCUCAAGGUGACGAAGACCCGAGUGUGGAAGAGGACGAGGAAGUGCUGACUUUAUUGUAUGACCCGUGUCUGAACUGCUACUUUGACCCCCAGACUGGGAAAUACUAUGAGCUGGUCUAACCCCCGCUUCCAGGGCAGAGCACCGCCACCCCAGCAGCAGGACAGCAGCUCGGAGUCUGUGAAGAAGCACAGGACGAGCAGGUCUGCAGAAUCGAAAGGCACCGAGAGAGAUGAACCCAUUUUGUAAAUAAUGUUCAAUGUUCAGGAAACCUACAUUCUUUUUGUAGAUGUGUGGGACUUUGCAGCUGUGAAGGAAUUAAUACAGAGACAAGAUAUUAGGACUUUGAAUGGGUUCUUAUUUGUUCAUUCUCAUCCUCCCUAUAAUUUUAUCUCAUAUCAUUUUAUGUACACAAAUUAAGAAUUAUUCAUUCAGAUUUUUGGCAGUGUUCACCUGUAAAUGAUGGCUUGAUAUACACUACAGAAAAUGUAUUUGUUAAAAGAUGCCUGGGUACCUUUUAU